AUGGCGCCAGACCCGGACAAUACGCAAACGUUUGAUGGCCACGUCGCAAGCGUGAAAUCGGUUGCUAUCUCACCUGAUGGCGCUCACAUGGUAUCCGGCUCUGAUGAUACGCGCAUCAGAAUAUGGGAUACAAACAGCGGCUCAUGCCUCAAGAUCUUGAAAGGUCAUGGCUAUGGAGUCAACUCGGUUGCCUUCUCACCCAAAGGCGACAAAGUGGCUUCAGGCUCGGAUGAUGGAACUGUGAAGAUUUGGGAUGCAGAGAAAGGUGCUUGUCUGAGAACACUUGAAAGCUCCAGUGAAGUCUUGAUAUGGGAUGUCAAAGAUGGCAGUUGUGAAAAGAUACUGGAAGGGCAUACCGAGCGCGUCUACUCGAUGGCAUUCUUCCCAGAUGACACCAAUCGUAUCGCCUCAUGUUCGAUGGACCAUACAAUCAAGAUAUGGGAUGUAAACACUGCCAAGUGUUUAGCCACACUUCCUGGACAUAAAGACUGGGUCUUUUCAAUAACGUUCAUUUUCCAGGAAAACAAAACUCUUCUGGCAUCGGCUUCACGCGACAAAACUGUCAAGGUUUGGGAUGCCGGGGAUCCUUCAAACGCGAAAUGUAUUCACACUUUCAAUGGCCAUAACGAUUGGAUCAGAACGAUUUCCUCCUCGCCUUAUGGAAAUUAUGUGGUAUCAGGAUCAGAUGACACCACGGUCAAAGCCUGGCGUACUGGACGCUGUGUAAGGACGAUCAAGAAUGCGAAGCCCAUUAAUUCAGUCUGCUUCUCACCUGACAGCACCCGACUAGUGUCAGGCUCAUCUGAUGGAACUGUCAAAAUUUGGGAUUCAAAUAACGGCUCCUGUCUCCAUGACCUUAAAGGACACUUGUCCAGUGUGAGAUCUCUAUGUUUUCUGAAUGGCAAGGACACUCGUGUGGCAUCGGGCUCGGAAGAUAAUACGAUCAGAAUCUGGCAGGUGGAAAGCGGAGAGUGCUCGAAAAUCCUCAAACCCUGGCAUAGCGAUACUGGAAUAACGGCUGUCGCAUCUAAUGGUCCCCACUUGGUAUCAGGGUCAGACGAAGUUAGAAUCUGGGAUGCGGUGAGUGGUGAAUGUCUUCAUAUCCUUGAAGCCCGCAGUGAGGGCGCCAAUGCGGUGGCUAUUUCACCCGAUGGUGUACUUUUGGCAUCGUGUUCGGACAACGGAACUGUCAAUUUAUGGAAGUCUUUGGAUGGAAGUUGGUUCCCAUUCCGGGAAAUAGGAUCUGAAAAUGUUCAGGCGACCUCAGUCUCUUUCUCACCCUCAAAUUCAAGUUGCAGUACCCGUCUGGCCGUGGGUUAUGCAGCAUACAUGCCUCCAGAUAGGAUAUUGAAGAGAGCUGUCAUAAUCUCGGAUGUGAAAACAGGUAAUGAGCUGCAUUGUUUUCCCCACAAGGCACUUGAUGACGAUGACUAUGGUGGAGUGACUUCGGUUUCCUUCUCGCCUGAUAAUGCUUAUUUGGCAUUUGCCUCGAAUGACUCGGGAUCUCCAAUCACAAUCUCGGGCAUGGAUGAUAAACCUUUCAAAAUGAUUCUUAAAGGUCAUCGUGAUAUACCAGAGUCCGUUUCAUUUUCGCCAGAUGGCAAAUGUUUGGCAUCGGGGUCCGAGGACUGUUCUAUCAAGAUCUGGGACACCACGAGUAUGGGUAAAGCGUGGUUUGAUUAG